AAACGUUUUGGAGAAAGUUUGACCGGAAAGAGCCCCACGUAUUUGCCCAUUCUGCAAGUUAAGGGAAUUCAAAUCAUAGAAUUAAGUGUGGGUCACUCAACGUGCCUUGAAAUUGUGCAAUAGUUGGGACGGGGUUGUUUGUGAAUCGGGGCCUAGAAUUAAUGCUAAUGAUUCUAUUUACGCAUUAGUUGUGCCAGUUUAUAAUAUCACCAAAUUCAAGUUUUAGUUUAAUUGUUUACUUUUCACAUGUUAUAGCUGCAGUUCCCUUCCUCUUUCUCUGGGUUCACAGGGUUUGGUGGACAAUUAGCAAGAGAUGAAUAUUGCGUGCUUAAAACUGAAGAGGGAAGCCAAACAGGAGACGUCAUUUAUGAAGAAUGGGGGAUUAUUAUUAGAGGAGCUGAUUGCCUUUUGCAAUGGGAAAUCCAAUCCUAUCCGUAACUUCUCUGCCAAAGAGCUUAGAAAAGCAACAAACAACUAUGACCCAAGUCAAAGGUUUCUGUGGGCUGCUGAUUUUGCAUUUUACAAGGGUUCUCUUGAAGACCGCUUAAUUUCAGUUAAAGUGUACUGGGAAGGAGUAUACGGAGAUUAUCAAGACAAAAUAUUAGACUGCAUUAUUAAAGAUAUUGCCGUUGGAUCACAAAUGAGUGCCCAUAAAAAUGUUCUAAAGCUCCUAGGAUGCUGCUUGGAGACCAGACUUCCGAUUCUAGUGUAUGAAUUUGUAGGGGAAAAAAUUCUCUCCAAUUGUAUCCGUCAAAUUGAUAGACUCAACUCUCAGCCGUUACCAUGGAAGUGUAGGUUAAGGAUUGCAAUGGGCAUAGCUAAUGCAGUUGCAUAUCUCCAUACUGCAUUUUCCAGGCCCGUUGUGCAUAGAGAUAUUCAGUCGCCCACCAUCAUAUUGGAUGAGGACAAUGUUGCCAGAUUGAAUGACUUCUCACUCUCCAUAUCUAUUCCUGAAGGUCAGUUGCAUGCAGAAGAUGCUGUACGCGGGAGAAUGGGUUAUGCUUAUAUUGAUCCUGAAUAUUGGACUUCAGGCCAUGUAACCGAGAAGACUGAUGUGUUUAGUUUUGGUGUAUUUCUACUUGAUCUUUUCGCAGGAUUCAAGUUGAAUAGUACUCCACAUUGGAUACACUCUGCAUCCUCUCUGCCAGAGUGGGUGAAGUCAUAUGAUGAACAAAACCGGUUGAAUGAAAUUGUAGAUCCGGUGUUACUGGAAGAAAGAAUUGAUCAGGAACAGCUUCUAGCUUUUGCAAAGCUCAGCCUGAGUUGUAUGCGUGAUAAAGGAGAAGAUAGGCCUGGAAUAAUCGAGGUGGCAAAACAACUCAGGCGUAUUUUUCAGUCUGCCAUGCACACCACUUUAACUUAGCUCUCCAUCCAGACUGAAUUUCAAUUUGUCAUCUGUUAGGUUGUGUUGAACUUAUUUACUUUGCAGGUAAUAUUUUCAGUUCAG